AUCAUGUCCAUUUACAAGGAGCCGCCCCCGGGAAUGUUUGUUGUGCCUGAUCCCCACGACAUGACCAAGAUUCAUGCAUUGAUCACAGGCCCAUUUGACACGCCUUAUGAAGGGGGUUUCUUCUUGUUCCUGUUUCGCUGUCCUCCAGAUUAUCCCAUCCACCCACCAAGGGUCAAACUGAUGACAACGGGAAAUAACACAGUGAGGUUUAACCCCAACUUCUACCGCAAUGGGAAAGUCUGCCUGAGUAUUCUAGGCACUUGGACCGGGCCUGCGUGGAGCCCAGCACAGAGUAUCUCUUCAGUCCUCAUCUCCAUCCAGUCCCUCAUGACUGAGAACCCCUAUCACAACGAACCUGGCUUUGAGCAGGAGAGGCACCCCGGGGACAGCAAGAACUACAACGAGUGCAUUCGACACGAGACCAUCCGAGUGGCAGUGUGUGACAUGCUGGAAGGAAAGUGUCCCUGCCCCGAGCCGCUGCGGGGCGUCAUGGAAAAAUCCUUCAUGGAAUACUAUGACUUCUAUGAAGGGGUGUGUAAAGAGAGGCUUUAUCUCCAAGGACAGACAAUGCAGGAUCCUUUUGGUGAAAAACGAGGCCACUUUGACUACCAGUCCCUCUUGGUGCGUUUGCAGGGGAUUCGGCAGAAGGUGCAGGAGAAACACCAGCAGGAGAACCCCGAAAUAGACUCUGAGAGCAGCUCCUCCGAGACGGAGACAGACACUCAAGGUUGCUCUAAAGCUUAGGAGUUGCCUUCACAGUGGCGAGGCCAAGCCGUGGGGGAUUUUCUAUCUUCACACUCUAGAGUUUCCCCCCCCCUGACAGACUCGACAACCAAAACCAGUGCCAGAGUGGAGUAAACU